AUGGCAGGACCACAACAAGUGAAGGCUGCUGCAGGCGCACAGGGGAUGAAGGGUCCGUCACCGGCGCAGCAUUCAACGGAGGUACUUCAUCAGACGUCAAAGGUGUCUUUCUGCCCAAUGAGAAUGGCUCUUGGUGGCUUUGCCAUAAUUGUCACCAUUGGUUAUUUCACCUUAUACACCAAGAAGAAGCCGGAGGCAUCUGCUUUAGACGUUGCCAAAGUUGUCACCGGAUUUUCCCAUCCAGAAAACACUCACCCCCGCAAAUAG